CGUCGCGUUGGACCAUCCACAAGUCCGUUGAGGCUCAUCCUGAGGCGUCGCCACAACGCGAUAAACGACGACUGGAAGGAAUGCGAGCUCGCGAAUUGGCGCGUGGGGUGUUAAAGGACCCGGAAAACAUCCCGCUGCUGGCGAUGGUGACGUUGGCGCUCGCGAUGGGGACGGCGACGGCCGCGCGGUUUUUGAUGGCAUCGCCAGAUAUCCGACUGAACAAGGCCAAACGCGAAAACCCUUUGUAUCACUUGAGCGAAGAGGAGAAGAAGCUCGCCGAGGGGUUUGCAGCCCACCGCCACGCGCUUGCGAACCUCAGCAUGAAUCCCAUCAACAGAGACUCGAGUUUCGAAGCCGAGCACACCCGAGCCAGUGGCGCGUAACGCUACUCAAGGGGUUGACGUCAGUCAUAGUGCGUUCGAAGGUAGUGGGGACGAGGUAAUACAACGAGCUGCAGCAACGG